UGUGUGACUCACUAAGACGAAAAGCGUCAUGAACAUGCGUGUUUACAUCUGUGCAUUUCAGUGUCAUUGUUUAGUUGUGGUAAAAGCUUUUUAUCUAUUUAUAUAUAUUUAAAAUGCAUAUUGUUUAGUUUCGGUUUCAUCUGUGUCCUGCAGUUCUAUGGGUGGAGCGGCAUCACGUGGUUUGGGUGUGGAAACUAGAAACAACCAGAGAGUUUGAGACAUUUCUAGAACUUUCCUCACGGUUUCAAAUACGGACGAACCACAGCGAGACCGAGGCACAAGUUAACCGCCGGUCGACGGGACACCAGCUGUCCAAUAAAGUUAUUCCAAGACCUAUAUAUUUUUCAUUGAGGAUAAGUGGACGCGAACCGAACAUUCUUGAGCAGGACUGUUUAUUUUCAUAGAAUAGCGAGACUACCUAAAAGAAACGCUCAAUGGUGAAGAUGGGGAAAGAUUAUUACAGUGUUUUGGGGAUUCAGAAAGGUGCGUCCGAUGACGCGAUCAAGAAAGCGUAUCGCAAACAAGCGCUCAAAUACCAUCCGGACAAAAACAAGUCGCCCAGUGCCGAGGAAAAGUUCAAGGAGAUCGCGGAGGCAUACGACGUGUUGAGCGACCCGAAGAAGAAAGACAUCUAUGACAGAUUUGGCGAAGAAGGACUGAAGGGUGGCGUCCCUGGCGGUGGAGGAGGUGGAAGUAAUUUCACCUACACCUUUCAAGGGGAUCCUCAUGCAAUGUUUUCAGAGUUUUUCGGAGGGCGAAGCCCUUUCGAACACAUGUUUGGCCGUAACGGUGGCAUGGACGAGGGAAUGGACACGGACGACCCAUUUGCUAGUUUUGGCAUGGGUGGCAUGGGCGGUUUCCCACGCUCCUUUAACACGCAAGGUUCUGGCGGAAGACUGGUCAAAAAACAGGAUCCUCCAGUGACCCACGACCUGAGGGUCAGUCUAGAAGAAGUGUUCACUGGCUGCACCAAGAAGAUGAAGAUCUCCCGCAAACGCCUGAAUCCCGACGGAAGAACGACACGCACUGAGGACAAGAUCCUUACAGUGGAAGUGAAGAAAGGCUGGAAAGAAGGAACCAAGGUUACUUUCCCUAAGGAAGGGGAUGAGACGGCAACAAAUAUCCCUGCAGAUGUGGUGUUUGUGGUGAAGGAUAAGCCACAUCCAGUGUACAGAAGAGACGGAUCGGACAUUAUUUAUCCUGCAAAAAUUACACUCAAAGAGGCACUUUGCGGUUGCACGGUUAAUGUUCCAACACUGGAUAAUCGCACGGUCAGCCUAACAACUCAAGACAUUGUCCGUCCCGGGAUGAAACGGCGUGUCACAGGGGAGGGUCUUCCUCUUCCGAAAUCCCCAGAUCGUCGUGGGGACUUGAUUGUCGAAUUUGAGGUCAAGUUCCCUGAAAGAUUGAGCCAGAGUGCCAAGGACACUAUUGCAAAUGUUUUGCUGGCUUCUUGAGCUGUUGUAUACUGCAAUCCUGGAGCUGUUGCCAUUGGGAAAUUUUAAAAGAUCUUUAAGUAUUUAAAGGAUGAAUAUAAGGGGCUGCUGAAAUUGUUGAACUGUUGACUAUCUGAACGAAAACAUUGCUUGAAUGGACUGGUCCAUGUGUCUGUCAUGUACAUUUUGAACCUAUGUUUCCUUUGGGUCAAGUCCAGCAGAAAGUCUCAAAGCGUUUUGUUGUCAACGUCACACAUCUAAGUUUACUUAUUCCAAAGAUGGACAGUAGAGCAUGUUGUGAUGUGUAUGGCUACAAUAAUAUAGUUUCUUAUCAGCAGUCUGAUCCUUUGGACACAAGAACGUCUUUCUGUGAAAGCAGCCUUUAUUUUUGCUUUUAAUACGGUCUAAUCAGUGACCACUUAGUUAUGCCACUAAAAGUCAUUUCCAAUAUUGUGGUGGCUCAAAGUGAUGCUUGGACUUCUAAGUAUGAGAAACAACACUUGAUGCGGAAGUUAUAUGGUCAGAAACUCAAAAGCUCAAAGUCAGCGAGAGGACAAAUUGAUGCUAGAUUUAUUUAAAAUAAACGACUCAAACUAUUGUGGUUAAUUUCUUAUACAAAGUUAAAUGGAACCUUUUUAUGUUUUAUUACAGAUAAUUUACGUUAUUAAUUGUUUUGAAUAGUGAAAUAGAUUUUGUCUAUUUACAAAUUCUGAGGGAUCUUUUGGGGUUGUGAGAUUGAGUUAUGAGAUGUUUUGAAUAGAUUGUUUAAAAGAAAAUAAGAUUUGAAAUGUUACAGAUAUCACAUUGCUUUAAUAAAACACUU